GAUUUAGGGUGGUUAUGGUGAGGAUGGGCAAGUCGAUAUUCCAGCGAAAGCUCAAGGAGAGGCGAUUGGGGGUGUGGGUGGGGAUGGGUUAGCUUAGGGUGGGGUUGGGGGCUGCAGAGCGGAGGAAGAGGAGCGGGUAAAGAACGAGAGUUUGUUUUUCCUAAUUUUUGAAAUAUUUUUUUUGGUUAUUUCGAAAAAAAGAUUUAUAAUUUUUUUAUAAAAUAUUUGUGGACCCACAUGCACAUCAGCAGUUAACAAACUUGUUAACAAAAAAAUUAACGGGAAGUAUGAAAGUGAUAGGAAAUUAAAUUUCACAUACGAAAGUGAGACAAAAAAAAGUUCAUGUUGCAAAGUAAGUUUGUAAACUUCAAGAUAAUAAAGUAAAAUUGUAUAUGGGGGGCACCACAGUUGAAAAAUAGGCCAAACUCUCCCCUCCCUGCAAGUGCACUUGGGUUUGAUUCACGUAGGAGACAAUAUUGAGACAAUCCAAUAUUUUACACUCCAUCCUCCCCCUCCCUAACAAAUGACCAACAAAAAAAAAAAAAAAGGUAGUAAAGUAAAAUUAUCCUAUAAAAAAUAAAUUUAAAAAAAAUUGAAAAAACUACAUCCACAAUACAAAUGUUGCAAAACGUCUGGGACCCUUUGUUCUUACCCAAUAUCCUAGUCACCAACGAUCCAACGAUCCAACACGUCCACAAAUGGAUGCUUUGUCAGCCGUAGUUCUCUUCCCAAAGUCCAAAUUUUGGUACAGCCCAAAGUCCCAACUUCUCAUACUCGCAGAGGAACACUGAACAAACAAGCAUAACUCGGUUUUCCAGAUCUCCCUCACUUCCUCCUAGUCGCAGACUCACAAUGAAUCACGCUCUUGCCAUCAUUUUCACCACUCUAAGCUUGCUCAAAAUGGCAGUGGCUGAAGAGGAAUUUUGCUCUGCUCCUUUAAUCGUUGACUCGGGUUCGAACUCAAAGCAUUUGUAUUGGAAGGUCACCAAUCCCACACUUUCUCCUUCUCAUCUUCAAGACUUGCCAGGAUUCACUCGUAGUGUUUACAAACAAGACCAUGCUUUAAUAACACCGGAAAGUCACGUCUUUAGUCCUUUACCUGAGUGGACCAUGACAUUGGGAGCCUAUUUGAUAACACCGGCUAUGGGCUCACACUUUGUAAUGUACCUUGCGAAGAUGCAAGAAAACUCACUAUCUGGACUCCCUCCAUAUGAUGCUGAAAGGUUCAUAUUUGUGGUUCAGGGUGCUGUCACUCUCACUAAUGUCUCUGGUAUUAGCCACAAAUUAACGGUGGAUUCAUAUGCUUAUCUGCCUCCUAAUGUUGAACAUUCCCUCAAGUGUGAUGGAUCUGCCACUCUUGUGGUAUUUGAAAGAAGGCAUGCUUCUCUGGAAAACCAACCUACUGAGCAGAUUGUAGGUUCAACAGACCAGCAGCCACUCCUGGAAACUCCAGGGGAAGUCUUUCAAUUAAGGAAGCUUAUUCCAACAUCUAUACCCUAUGACUUCAAUAUCCAUAUUAUGGAUUUCCAGCCUGGGGAAUAUCUUAAUGUGAAGGAGGUCCAUUACAAUCAGCAUGGUUUGCUGCUUCUGGAGGGACAGGGUAUUUAUCGAUUAGGUGAUAGCUGGUACCCUGUUCAAGCAGGUGAUGCCAUUUGGAUGGCACCGUUUGUGCCUCAAUGGUAUGCUGCAUUGGGUAAAAGCCGGUCACGAUAUUUGCUGUACAAAGAUGUGAAUAGAAAUCCACUGUAGUCGCAUAUAUCGUUAAGAUGUCAAUUUAUACUGUUCAUCAGGACAGAUUUGUGUACUGGAACGCAAAUGGCAAUCUUCCAUAGCCUCUGAACUUUAUACAUUUAUGGAUUAGCUAGUAAUUUUGAUGUUGUCUAUAGAUGCAUUUAGUUGUAACAGAUAACCUGAUACAGAAGACCCUUUCUGUGGUCUUACACUAAAAAUUUCGGGGUGACGAAAACGCUAUAGAAUUAGAAUU